AUGUCAGAUUUUGAUAAUGAAAACCCACUUUCUAAAUCUUCAUAUAGUCCACUUUCUAAAUCUUCAUAUACUCCACUUUCUCCUGUCAUCAUUGAACCUGUUAUUAGAACAUCUUUUACUUUUACGAAAAAACGAAUUUUAAUUGCUUGUACAAUUACAUUAUCAUUAGUUAUUAUACUAGUAAUUCUGUUCAAAAUUCCAAGUCGAUCAUCAUCUAGUAAAUCACAAUCAUCUACAAUAUUUGACACAACGACGAGUGCAACUAAAAUAUCUGACCUAACUACAAGUACAACUAUGCCAAAUCCAUCACCAAGAACAUCAAUAGAAGCACCUAUUUUUUCAUCAAAAUCAUGUUUUAUUCCAAAUGGAAAUGCAUCAUGGAGUAGAGUAUUUACAGUAUUUAUUAACCCAUCUAGUCAAUGUCUUUCAAGUGAAAAUGAAUUAUGUGGUCCAAGCGAUCUAUUUAUUGAUAAUAUUCAUGAUACUCUCUAUGUUGUUGAUAAGAAUAAUGAUCGAAUACUAAAAUAUUUGUUAAAUGAAAUCUAUGACACAGAAGUAGGUGCAACCGGUAUUACUGUUGCUAGUAACAAUCUUUUUUUACCACAAUCUAUUUUCGUUGAUACUAAUACAGAAGAUAUGUAUAUUAUGGAUCUUAUUCAAAAAGAAAAUCCUGAAAGAAGUUAUCUCUUCUAUCAAGUUCUCAUAUGGAAGAAAAAUGAUAAUGCUGGAAAAGUUUUGAUAAGUGAAGAAGCUGAUAUUUCAUUUGGGGUACUUUCUCAUCAUCUUACAUUGGAUAAAGAAAUGAAUAUAUAUGUUGGAACAGGAUUUUUUAUUAAGAAGUGGUUAGCAUCAACAGAUUAUAUGGAAAAAAUUAUUGUUGCUGGAAAGAAUGAAAUCUAUCCGAGACAAUCGACUGAUGUAUAUUACCCAAUGGGGUUUGUUGUUACCGAUGAUUUGACAUUAUAUAUAGCUGAUACACGAAAUAAACGUAUCCAAAAAUGGACAGUUAAUGGAACGGAAGGUACGACAGUAGCAGGAAACUUAACGUAUGUUACUGGAAUAACAAUGGAUUGUAAUCGAUAUCUUUAUUUUACUGUGGCAUUCAAUCUUGUUUAUCAAUUAAAUAUUGUGACCAAUAAGAAGCAAAUAAUUCUAGGAAAUGAAGAUGAUUUGAUAGAAAGCCUUCGUGAUCAGGCAAAUGUAAUUAAAUUUGAUAAAUUUGGAACAACAUCAUAUGAUAAUACAAAUGCACUUCAAUUUUGCGAAGAACAAUUAACUGUUCACGAAAAAUAUUUAUCAAAUCCAAAACAUAUUUCUAUUGGUCGAUAUCAUCAAGUAUUGAGAUUUUAUCGAAAUAUUUAUCCACUUAAGCAUAUGACAUUGAUUGAAAUGGAAGAAGAAUUAAUACAAUUGGAAACAAUGACAGAAACAUGUGACAACACAGUAGAAGAAAAUAUUCUCGAACAAACUUCUUUUUUAACUAAUAAUCAAAAUGAUCAGCAAGACCAAGACGAAGAUGAUCCGUUAUUAGAUUCAAAUCAUAAUAACCCACCUACUGUAAUUAGAACAUCUAUUUUAACGAAAAAACGAAUUUCAAUUGCUUGUGCAGUUACAUUAUCAUUAGUUAUUAUACUAGUAAUUCUGUUCAAAAUUUCAAGUCGAUCAUCAUCUAGUAAAUCACAAUCAUCUACAAUAUUUGACACGACGACGAGUACAACUAAAAUACCUCCCAUAACUACAAGUACAACUAUACCAAAUUCAUCACCAACAACAUCAACAGAAGCACUUACUUUUUCAUCAAAAUCAUGUUCUAUCCCAUCUGUAAAUGCAACAUGGAAUACACAAGGUACACUAUUUAUUAAUCGACAUGGUCGAUGUCUUUCAAAUGAAAAUGAAUUAUGUGAUCCAAGCGAUCUAUUUAUUGAUAAUAUUCAUGAUACUCUCUAUGUUGUUGACACGAAUAACGAUCGAAUACUAAAAUAUUUGUUAAAUGAAAUCUAUGACACGGAAGUAGGUGCAACUGGUAUUACUGUUGCUAAUCAAGAUCUUAUUUCACCACAAUCUAUUUUUGUUGAUACUAAUACAGAGGAUAUGUAUAUUAUAGAUUUUGGUCAAAAAUACGCAAGUAGAUUACAAUAUCAUGCAUCUUAUCGAAUUCAUUUAUGGAAGAAAAAUGAAAAUGAUGGAAAAAUUUUAAUAAGUGAAGAAGGUGAAUAUUUAUUUGGGCAAGCUCGCCCUCAUCUUACAUUGGAUAAAGAAAUGAAUAUAUAUAUUGGAACAAGAUUUUAUAUUAGGAAGUGGUUAGCAUCAACAGAUUAUAUGGAAAAAAUUUUUCUCGCUGGAAAGAAUCAGUACAAUCCAAACCAAAUGACUGAUUUAUUCGAUCCAGUGGGGUUUGUUGUUACCGAUGAUUUGACAUUAUAUAUAGCUGACUGGAACAAUAAACGUAUUCAAAAAUGGACAGUUAAUGCAACGGAAGGUACGACAGUCGUAGGAAAUUUAACGUAUGUUAUAGCAAUAACAAUGGAUUGUAAUGGAUAUCUUUAUUAUAUUGAUACAUAUAAGUAUACUAUUACUCAAUUAAAUAUAGUGACAAAUCAAAGUCGAAUUAUUGGUGGUUUUCAAGAUGAUUUAAAAAAACUUAUGCUUCAUUCGCCAACCGCAAUUCGAAUUGAUAAAUUUGGUAAUCUUUUUCUUCUCGAUGGUAACAAAGUAUAUAAGUUGUCUAUCGUGCAAAAAUAA